AUGACCCGCACGCGCGCAGAAACGGCAGCGCCGCAGCUCACCGUCAGGAACCAUUCCGGCCCCAUCCCCACGACGCCCACCAUGGCCUCCAGCCAAGCCGACCAGCCCACCCCGAGCGAAGCCCCGGCGAUGAAAGACCUCCCGUCGAUACGCUUCAUCAUGCACCAGGACCCACGCGCCGCGAGACCGUCGCUCUCGUUUUCCACCAUCAACCGGACACUCCCCGACGAGUCGGCUGUGAUAAAAGUUGGGCGCUAUUCGGAGAGGGACGUGCUGCCCGACGUUCCCAAAGACCAGCCCUCGGCUGCCGCCGUAGGCUUCAAGUCCAAGGUCGUGAGCCGAAAGCAUUGUGAGCUGUGGUGCAAGAAUGGCGAAUGGUGGAUCAAGGACGUCAAAAGCUCUUCCGGCACCUUUCUCAACCACAUCCGAUUAAGUCAGCCGAACCAGGAGAGCAAGCCGUUCAAGCUCAAGGAUGGCGACAUCAUCCAGCUGGGAAUAGAUUUCCGCGGCGGCGAGGAGAUGAUUUUCCGCUGUGUCAAGAUCAGGAUAGAGUGCAAUCGCGGGUGGCAGCAGGCUCUUAAUGCGUUCAAUAAACAAACCCACCAGCGACUGCGAAACCUCGGCAAGGCCAAGAAAGACGGCGACAACGCUUCGACCCAUACUUCCGAAUGCUCUAUUUGUCUCAUGUCUAUUGCGCCGUGUCAAUCGCUCUUCGUUGCACCCUGUUCACACGUGUGGCAUUACAAGUGUAUCCGCCCAAUCCUCAACGGCCCUACGUAUCCAAACUUCUUGUGUCCCAAUUGCCGCGCAGUGACCGACUUGGAAGCGGAUGUCGAUGAUCCGGUGGAUUUCGAUGAGUGGGAAGAGGAACCUGCGCAGGAGAACGGCGAAGUCAAGACAAACGGCGCAUCCUCGCAGGAGGACCGCCACGUCACGCCCAAAGCCUCCACUAAUGCACUCAAUGCGCUUGCCGGCAGUCAUAUCAGCUUUGGCGAUCUGGAAGCCGCCAUCUCGAACAUUAGCAUCUCAGACUCUGUGACUCGGGUUACGAGCGAAUCGACAGUCGACCCUUCCACCCCGCAACGAAGUCCAGCUCCGUUUGCGUCUUCGUCAGUCACACAACCAGUAGCCAUCAACGUCAUAGCAGCAAACGAGAGCGUCGGUCUUACGCCACUCCAAAACAGGUCGUCGAACAGCUCAGACGGGUUGAGUCCGAACGGCGCCCCAGAAGGUCCUAUGACGCCACGCAACGAUGCUGGACCCUUUGUGCUCGAUGGCAGUGGCAGCACAGGACGAGCUGCUGGGCAGCGCUUCCGCGACGCGUAG